UGGUCAAAUACGUCAUUGGGGGCAGUCUGUUUAGAAAUUGACAUCAUGGCGGCCGCCGUUGUGAGAGGAAUUGGCUCUAACCUUGCAAGAAACCUUCGUGAAAUUCGCUUACAUUUGUGUCAGACGUCCGUGGCCAGUCAAGGAGCCAGAGAUUUUGUGGAACAACACUAUGUGACCCUCAAGAAGGCCAACCCUGACUUUCCCAUCCUGGUCAGAGAGUGUUCGGGUGUACAGCCCAGGCUGUGGGCACGCUACGAUUUCGGGAAAGAAAGUAGUGUUGCUCUUGACAACAUGAACGCUGAUCAAGUGGCAAAAGCAAUCGAAACAGUUGCUAAUGCAAAACCGUAAUGGCCACCAAUUUGCAUCAUCGGAAGAAGAAUGGGUCUGUCUUAUUGUAAAAUGUGUAUUGUACUCUCUCAAAUGUGAUUAAAGAUAAAAUACGUUUAUUUAAAUAUA